AUGGAGCACAGCAGCAGCACGGCCAGCAGUAGCAACGGCGGCGAGCGCAGCUUCGCAGACACCAGCACUUCCGAGUUCCCCAUCCUGGGCGACACCGUCUCGCCCGUCACGCCCGACGGCCACCCCAGCAUGCGCAGCAGCAGCAGCAGCAUCCGCUUCAGCCCGAGCAAGCGCAAGCUGGCGCAGUCGCCGCUCUCGCAGACGCAGUCGUCCUCGGACUCGACCGCCAACUCGCUCACGGACCGCCUCACGAUGAUGAACAUCCCGACGCAGGACCUCAAGGGCGCCGUCUUCUACGGCUGGCUCUGGAAGCGCGGCCAGUCCUUCAAGACGUGGAAGAAGCGCUUCUUCCUGCUCAACGGCGCCGCGCUCACGUACUACACGCAGUGCUGCGUCAUCGCCUCGGACGUGCUGGGCGGCGGCACGCACUGCCUCGACCUGCCCGUGCGCGGCGGCCUGCGCGUGGCCAAGGCCGAGCUCUCGGACCUCACGACCUUCGGGCUCAAGAUUACGAGCUCCAGCGGCCGCGUGCUGUACGUGCAGGCGGGCGACCAGGACGCGCGCACGCAGUGGCUCAACGUGCUUAAGGAGGCCCCGCAGAUGCGCGGCGUCAUGAGCCCCGCGCCCUUCCGCCGCACGAUGGCCAGCGACCUGUCCACCCAGCGCUCGUACCAGGCCGAGAGCAGCUCGCCCUACAUGCACACGGCCAUGAGCGUGCUCAGCAGCGACGACGGCGACGAUGACGCCUCGGACUGCGACAUGCAGGGCUACCUGUACGUGCGCGGGGGCCUGCUGUCGGGCUGGAAGAAGCGCUUCGUGACGCUGACCGACGGUCACCUGAGCGUGCGCCGCAGCCGCUCGCAGCGCUGCUCGGACCCGCAGGAGGACAAGGGGCUCGUGGUGCUGUCGGCCGCGACCUGGAGCGGCCACGCGUACGGCAUCUGCAUCCGCCUCGAGAACCACAAGCAGCUAUUCGUGCACGCCGAGCACGACGUGGACGCGUCCAUGUGGCUGGACGCGCUCAAGAGCUGCUAA